AUGAUAAUCCAUAGAAUUGAGGAUCAUGACUUGAUAGGUUCCAUCAGAGAAGCCAAGUAUGAUGUGGUGUUAACAGACCCUGCCAAUGAUGGUGGAAUUGUGCUUGCACAUUAUCUUGGCUUACCAUUGAUUUUUGAUGCCCGUUGGACGAUACAUGGAGAGGCCCAUUUUGGAAUUGCUCCUUCACCCCUGUCCUAUGUUCCUUUUCCUCUAGCCAUGUUAACCAACAAAAUGACUUUCUUCCAAAGGUUAUAUAACAUUCUUUUCUAUAGCAUAAGGCUUUUCCUUUACAAGAGCACUUCAGGUCCACAUUAUAUUGAAUUAUUUCAAGGAGCCGAUAUGUGGCUUAUGAGAAUUGACUUUGUGUUUGAAUAUUCAGGGCCAACUAUGCCCAAUGUUGUUUACGUGGGUUGCUUCCAAUGCAAACCAGUAAAAUCUCUUCCAAAAGACCUGGAGCUGUUUGUGGAAAGUUCUGGAGAGCAUGGUAUUGUUAUCAUAUCUUUGGGAACUCUGGUUGGAGAACUUCCACUAGACAUAGCUGAUGAAGUAGCUGCUGCUCUGGCUGAACUCCCCCAGAAAGUGAUUUGGAGAUACACAGGAAAAAGACCAUCCACUCUUGGCAAUAACACAUUAGUAGUUGACUGGAUGCGACAGAAUGAUCUUUUGGGACAUACCAAGACCAGAGCUUUUGUGAGCCAUGGGGGAACAAAUGGAAUUCAUGAGGCUGUUUAUCAUGGUAUUCCAAUAGUUGGCUUACCACUAGUUUUUGAUCAAUAUGACAGUCUCUCAAGAAUGAAACAAAAAGGGGUGGCACAGGUCUUGGAUAUAGUCACCAUAAAUAAGAAUGUAUUUUUGGAGGCUAUAAAAGAAAUUAUACAUGAGCCAUCCUACAGAAUUAACAUGCAAAGACUGUCCAGGCUUCACAAAGAUAAACCAGUAAAACCACUUGACAGUGCAUCUCAUCUUCGAACAGAGUCCUAUAAAAUGCAUUGGUAUGCAUACCACGGCACUGAUGUAAUAGUGUUCUUAGUGUUGCUUGUCUCAGUUACAGUCUUUCUUAUUGCUGCAAUUAUCCGAUACAUGUGUUGCAGAACAUGUAUGAAACAAAGACAAAGAAACAAUCUUUAA